GGUCGUCGGUCAGCCAACGCUGGACCUGGUCGCGAGUCUCCCGGUCCUGUCCUACAUCUAUAAAGUUGAACAAUGGAUUUUGGUGUUUCAAAACCCAUCGACACUGUAUGACUAUGUUUAGCCUGUGUUCUGCUCCUCUCUCUCACCAACCGUCUCUGGAGGAGGGGAUCCCUCUCUGAAUUGCUCCUCCCAAGGUUUCUUCCAUUUUUUUCUCCUGUUAAGAGUUUUUUGGGAGUUUUUCCUUGUCUUCCUUGAGGGUUUAGGUUGGUUGAGGGGCAGUUCUAAGGGCGUAUGUGAAGCCCUCUGUGACAUGCUUGCGUGUAAAAAGGGCUAUACAAAUAAAUUUGAUUUGAUUUACAGUGGGGUCACAUAUUCUGACGGCUGUCAGAUAUGGUGACCUCUGUGGUACUGGCUCUAUGAUGACUCCAAAUAAGAAAACGUGUCCAGAUGAGUGUGAAGGGAUGACAUAACUACCCCAAACAAUAUUUUGAAGUUAUUAUUAAUAACUUCAAAUUAGUUAUUAUUAGUAUGAAUGUUUAAGCCGUUUGCGUAGACGCUCUUCUUCGUCCUCCAUUGUCUACCAGGCACGGGCAGACGAUGUGCAGCAGCGCCCUCUGCGGUCAGUUUCUGAUGGGUCACAGCUUUCGGUGCAACACUGGAAAUACGCAUCACUGUCCUGUGCAUAUAGCCAAUUGUUAGCUCUAUUCGAAUAAUCGAACCAUUUUUCUGAGAUGAAAGUUAUGCAAUGUUGAUUGUGAAGAGCGUCUGCUAAAUGACAAAAAAAAAAAAGACUACAUUUAAUAUUUUUUGAUAAAAUAAAAAAUAUAAAUAAAGCGCAAGGAGAAACUUCCAUCCCAAGUUACUUUCCUUUCCUACACUUCCCUAUGUUGUUAUAAAUAUAACUGCUGACUCAGAGGGGAUUAUAAUUCCUGUGUUAAAGAUACUGCAAUAAACGGAUUGCUUCUUGUGUAUAAUAGCUGAUUGCUGUCGACCUUCAGACUCAUUAAAUCAUAAAUGUCAGAAGACGCCCCGAAGUUAGCUCAUUUGCAGACUUACAGCAACUUGAUGAGGAAUGUUUGUGUUAAGGACUCAUAGGGCAGGACAAUGGAAAAAUAUUUGCUGUUUGGUUUUCUUCAUACGUUUGGACUACAUUUGACAAGCAUUUUAUUUUACUACAGAAAACUCGUCACAGAUUAGAAAAGAAACAUGACAACUGGAGAAAUGUCAGCGAGCUGUGGGUCCAAGGCACUAUUGAAUGUAGUCCUUGUUGGUGGUAGAAACUCAGGGAAGAGCUCAGUGGGGAACAUGAUCUUGGGCAGGGAGGAGUUUGUCACCAAAGAGAGAACUACAUGUUCCAGAAGACUAGGGGAGGUGGCAGGGUGGUGGGUGACCGUGGUGGACACACCUGGCUGGUGGUGUGACUUCACUGCUCAGGACACCCCGCGCCUGGUCAAGACGGAGAUAUCCCGAAGUAUCUCUCUGUGCCUCCCAGGACCUCAUGUUUUCCUGAUCGUUGUCAAGGCAAGGUCAGCGUUCUCCGAGAAGCGCCGCAGGGCUGUGGAGGAACAUCUCGCCCUCUUUGGUGAGAAGGUGUGGAGCCACUGUCUAGUCCUUUUCACCUUCAGUGACUGGUCAAAGAACCCCACGGUGGAACAGCACAUCACGACAGGGGGAAGGAAUCUCCAGUGGCUCAGGGAACAAUGCAACCACAGGUAUCAUAGCGUCAACUUCAAAAGUCAACCUGGUGGUGCUCAGAUCACAGAGCUGUUUGAGAAAAUGGAGAGGCUGGUGGUAGAAAAUGGAAGAAGGCAUUUUGAAAUGGAGGGGCCGAUCUUGCUGGAGGCGGAGGAAAGAAAGAGGAAAAUGGAGCAUUUGGCUCAAAAGAGAUUUAUGAUGAUGAAGAGACAGAGGACUCUUCACCAGGGGGAGUGUCAGCGUCUCUCUGAGGUUAGACUGGUGCUUCUGGGUGCCCGGGGAUCUGGGAAGAGCUCGACAGGAAACACAAUCAUGGGCGGAGGAGGAAGUCUCCAGGUCAGGAGAACAGCCCAGUGUGAGACGAGGUCCGGGAGUGUUUCCGGGAGACAUGUCUCUGUGGUGGACACGCCAGGCUGGUGGAUGAACUACUUCACUGAGGAUAGUCCUGCUUUCGACCAGCGGGAGGUGGUGCGGAGUGUCUCCACCUGUCCGCCUGGACCCCACGCUGUGCUGCUUGUGGUGCGGGUGGACAGGGCCUUCACGGAGACCUACAGGAGAGCUGUUCAGGAACACCUGGAGCUCUUCACCGAGAAGCUCUGGGAUCACCUCAUGGUGGUUUUCAGCUUUGGGGAUUGGCUGGGAGAGACGACUAUUGAGCAGUACAUAGAAAGUGAGGGAGAGGCUCUGCGGUGGCUGGUCGAGAAGUGUGAUAACAGGUAUCACAUUCUGAACAAUAAAAGCAAUGGAAAUGGAUUUCAGGUCACAGAACUGUUGCAAAAAAUUGAGGAGAUGGUGGCCACCAACCGUGGGGGUCACUACGAGUUUGAGCGGGAGGUUUUGCAGGUGUUGAAAGAGAGGAUGGAGACCGAGGAGGAUAGAGCAGCUCAGAGACUGAUAAGGACACAGACGCAAAGGACCCACGCCAGGUCUUUAAUGGGGGAGCUUCAUUUUCCCUCAGAGCUGAGACUAGUAUUGAUGGGGGCCAGAAACGCUGGGAAGAGCUCAGCUGGCAACACCAUACUGGGCAGAGAGCAGUUUGAUGUGGGUUUCCAAACCACUGGCUGCGCUGAGGGCCACCGCCGUAUUAGGGGUCAAAGUGUGACCGUGUUGGACACACCAGGCUGUCUUUCUGCCGGCCCUGACUUCCUAGUGUCUUCUCCAGCCUACGGAGCAACAGUUCUCCUCGUGGUCGUCAACAUGAGCUCAUCGUUCACCUUGUCUCAAUGGAAAACCACAGAGAAACACCUCGAACAGUUUGGAGAGAGAGUGCGUAGCCGAGCUGUAGUCGUGUUUACUUUCGGGGACUGGCUGGGGGACACGAUCAUUGAGCAGCGUAUCGAGAGUGAGGGGGAAGGUCUCCAGAGGCUUGUGGACAUGUGCAGGAACAGAUACCAUGUGCUGGACAAUAAGAACUGGGGAACCGGUGACCAAGUCAGGGAUCUUUUGAAUAAGAUAGAUGAGAUGUUGGCGGAGGAGAGGCUGGAGGUUCUUCAGAGGGGAGAUCAGAUGAACCAGAGCAUCCCAGUGAUGCAAGACCCACAGUCAAUGUCAAAACAACGGAAGGUGGUGGAUGUGCCAAUGAUCAACACAGAUGGUUUCCCUUCUGACUUGUGUGCGGUGUCCAGUUCAGAGGUCCUUGCCCCUCCAGUGCAGUCAGAGGUGCACGUUUUGGGUGACCAGGAGGUAGCCCUGAUUGGGGCCACAGGAGGGAUGCCUGGAGCAGAUCUUUCUCUCCUAGACAGAGAGGGCCACCUGUCCGGCCUGGACUCUCUGCUCCAGGGACGUGAGAGUCUGAGAUGGAGAACCACAGGCAGACAGACCCUAGUAGUGAACCUCCCUGACUGGCACCAUUCUGUUUAUUCUCACCUCUACCUGAGCAAGAACGGUAAAAUCCCAACGAGCCCAUUCUCACCAGGACAGCAGUCUCUCGUGGUGGUGAUACCAAUGGAGAAGCUGCGAGCUGAAGACAAGAUGCUGUUGGAGAGGAACGAGGAUGUCGUGGAUGUGCGCUCCUUGAAUCACCCUCGAUUCAGAGACAGGGCCAUCAGGGAGAUGGUCCAAUCUGGAGGCAUUCAGGCCCUCAUCGACCAGUGGGGGAACAGUAACCUGGAGGAACUGGAAUCCUUCAUUGACUCAUACUUUGAGAUGGUGUUGGAGGAGACCAUGAAGACUGCGAUAGCGGAAGACUGUGCCCCUGACGACUGCUCGGGGUGGAGCGACGCCGUCGAGGAACCUGAAGCGGAGGUCCUGUCAUCCAUCGACAGGAAGCUGUCCAAGUUGGACAUCCUUGAGGACAUGCAACGAGACCUCAUGGAGCUGAAGCAGAGUCUGGAGAGGAGCUGGAAGAUCAUACAGCAGCUCUGUGACGGCAGGGCUGCGGCCCAGGAUCCAGCCUCACAGGGAAAGUAGUGUGUAGAGUACAUUAUGUACAUUGUGACCAAAGGCAUUUACCUGUAUCUAAUAUCUCCGGUUUUCAAGAACCGUACCAUAUGUUGAAAAGUUAAAUCAAAAAGACUGAGUGGUUGACUUGCACAGGAGAAGUAGUGUGCCAUAAUCAUCUGUGACUAUGAUCAUCUGUCUCCACUAGGGGGAGCUCUCUGACAAGAUAAUCCUAUAAUCUCUGUCAUCACAGUGGCACGAAUAAACUAAA